AUGGUUGUAGUCCAGGGGAAAAAAAUACAGAAAAUAAUUACCGUCAAACGAACCACCUCAAUACUUGCCUUUAUUUAUAUACUGACAUUGCUUUCAUGGGUACCCCUCUACAGUUCAUCGUACCUCGACUGGAAAUUCUUCCCAGACAGAAAUCAGACUCUCAUAGGUCUGAUCUUCAUUAACAAGGAGCAGUUAUUUACUGCUGUUUGUUUCAUCAACGCAUUCUUUGGAGUUCUAUCCCUACUGGUCAUUGUUAUCUUCACUACAAUUUUAAUCUGCCAGCUGAAAGCAAAAUCUGAGUGGCGAAAAUCUGCAAAUGUCCAGAAAGACAAAGCAGAAUCCAUGAGCAACAGGGAUAAAAGUACUGUUGUUAUGGUGGUACUAAUAUCAGUUAUUUUAAUUAUUUGUUACACGCCAUCUAUUAUUAUUUCUUUAGUAACGUAUUGCUACACAGAAUUUAGUGUCGAAGGAACGUAUUUCUUCCUAUAUCAGAUAGUUUGGUCAGGCGCAUUUGUACUAGAAAAUCUAAAUUCCAGUGUUAAUAUUUUAUUGUAUCUCAAAAUGAGUUCAAAAUAUAAAGCUAUUUUUAAAAACCUUUUCUUCCUGUGA